CCACACCGCACGAUGACCCUCACCAUGGUGCCCGGCCUCCUGCUGCUGCUGCUGGCGAGCGGGGCCCGAUGGGAUCGGGCGCCCGAGGGCGCAUACCUGAGUGUGUAACAUGAGAACCCAGGAAGGGGUUGAAGGGGGUGCCCUGGUGGUCUCCGUCCCCACUUCCCCGGUGCGGGCCCAGCCGGGCUCCGACCUGCUCCUGGGCUGUCACUUCUCCGUGGGGGGCACCGUGGACAUGGAGCUGCUGGUGGUGCAGUGGAAGCUGGGGGGCCGCCUGGUGGCCGAGUUCGAUAGCACCCCGUCGUACCCCAGGGCCGGGGCCAGCCUGUCCCUGGAGGGGCUGCGGGUCGGCAACGCCUCCCUGCUCCUCCCGCGGGUGGGGGGCGCCGAUGCCGGGCUCUACACCUGCAUGGUCAUCCACUCCCCGAGCCGGGAGAGCCGGCAGGUGGAGCUGCGUGUGGAAGACCCCGCGAAGCUGCCCGCGGAGGAGCCGGAGGCCGUGGCCCCUCACGCCUGCGCCCCCGACCCCGACCCCCUGGUGCUGGAGAAGCUGGACCAGGCGCUGACCCUCCUGCAGCAGAUCAGCCGCACGCUGGAGGCGGCGGGCGCCGGGGGUGGGGGGAAGGCCUGAGCCCGGCCCUGACCCCAGGGGGCGCCCGGGCUGCGCAGGGGGGCUGAUCUCGGCGCUGUGGGGCAUC